AUGGAGUCCUCCGUCGCGGUCGUGGCGGUGCCGUUCCCGGCGCAGGGCCACCUCAACGCGCUGCUGCACCUGUCGCUGCAGCUUGCGUCGCGCGGCCUGCCCGUCCACUACGCGGCGCCCGCGGAGCACGCCCGCCAGGCCCGCGCGCGCGUGCACGGCUGGGGCGACGCCGCCCUCCGCCGCGUCCGGUUCCACGAGCUCCCCAUCGCCGCGUACGCCUCGCCGACCCCGGACGCCGCCGCCGGCGGCUCGGAGGCCUUCCCGUCCCACCUCAUGCCGCUGUGGGAGGCCUUCACGGCCGGCGCGCCCGCCCCGGUCGCGGCGCUCCUCGCCGCGCUCUCCGCCUCCCACCGCCGCGUCGUCGUCCUCUACGACAUGGCCAACGCCUUCGCCGCCGAGGAGGCCGCGCGGCUGCCCAACGGCGAGGGGUUCACGCUCGUCUGCACCUCCCUGUCGAGCCUCCUCUGGACGACGGACGCCGGGCGCCGCCUCCUUCUCGAGCGCGGCGUUGACUACGUCCCCGUGUACGCCUACGUGACGGAGGAGUUCUUGGAGUACGCGACCAAUCGGUUGAGAUCAGCGCAGACGAUACCGUCCAGCUCCGGCGUCCUCACCAACACGUGCCGCGCGGUCGAGGGUCCGUUCAUCGAUUUCUUCGCCGAGCAGAUGGCUCCUGCCGGCAAGAAGCUCUUCAACAUGGGCCCCUUGAACCCGCUGCUCGACGUCGACGUCGACGCGGCUUCAUCCGCCACGCACGGGAGCGACAAGCAGCGCCACGAGUGCCUGGAUUGGCUCGACAGACAGCCGCCGGCAUCUGUGCUCUACGUGUCGUUCGGCUCAACGUUGUCGCUGCGAGGCGAGCAGGUCGCGGAGCUCGCCGCGGCGCUGCGCGGCAGCCGGCGGCGGUUCAUCUGGGUGCUGCGCGACGCCGACCGCGGCAACGUGUUCGCGGACGGCGGCGAGGACGACCGGCACGCCGAGUUCGUGUCCGAGUUCACGGAGCAGGCCCAGGGCUGGGGGGUGGUGGUCACCGGAUGGGCGCCGCAGCUGGAGAUCCUGGCGCACGGCGCCACGGCGGCGUUCCUGAGCCACUGCGGCUGGAACUCGACCGUGGAGAGCUUGAGCCACGGGAAGCCCAUCCUGGCGUGGCCCAUGCACUCGGACCAGCCGCUGAACGCUGAGCUGGUGUGCAAGCACCUCAAGGCUGGCAUCCUGGUGAGGCCGAUGGAAAUGCAGAGGGAGGUGAUACCCAGGGCGACCAUACAGGAGGCAAUCGAGAAGAUGAUGAGCUCUGAUGAAGGACGCCAGGUCCAGCAGCGCGCGAUGGAGCUAGGCGAGGCCGUACGUUCAUCGGCGGCGGUAGGCGGAGCGUCGCACAAGGACCUUGAGGACUUCAUUGCUCACAUCACCAGGGUCCUCUGAGAGUGAUGGCUCGAAAACUGUUUUCAUAUUUCUAUAGAACCAUUUGUUUUUUAAUAAUGUGUGCCACUUUCAAGUGAA